CAGGUGUGGAGCACAAUAGGAGUUGCCAAGAAAACAAAACACAAGAAAAUCUCCCUCAGUCAUAGUCAUCGUCGGUUGUCUUUCCAGCUUCGGACACACACUCAACUAAGCACGCACCAAACAGCUUCUUCGUUAAGGCUCCGAUCACCUUCUCUCAUUGACUCAAAAGUCAAAACUCUGGUCAACUCUUAACAAGGUUACUCGAACUGUAAUCCUGCACUACAACUUCUCAUGGAAGAAUUCGUUAACGAUGCAUAUAUCCCUUCCGAACUGGUGAAUUGUUCAUCAGAUGCUUGCACUGUAACAUACUAUUGCUACUUGAUAGAGCUGAAGCAGGAUUAUGUCGAUCCCAUAGGGGUUCAUGACAUUGUGCUUGCAUUGAGGACUGAACUUGACCCUGAAAUUGCAAGCACAAAAUUCGACAUGCGCGUUGAAAGGGGAAACUUGUUAUUAAGCCUCAGACAAGUAGAAACCAUUCAUCUUAGCCCACAUUUGGUUCAAAGAUGUAGAAGAUUUCAGACCACCCUCUUUAGGAUCCUUCUGCAUAACGAUGAUGUCUCAGAUGAGUUCUGUUUGGGAGAUGAACCCCAGAUUGAUUAUCUUCUGCUGCCAGCUACCACACUGAACCAGAGGCUUUCGAAUUCAAGUGUUGAUUGGAAGACUGUCUCUUCUGUUCCUUUUUUAUCUGAAGAUCAAUGUAAUUGCUGGUAUUAUCCUCAUCCUGUGAUGACCAAAACCGGAUUGGUUUGCUCUUGCAAACUUCAAAAUUGUGUGGUCAAAGCUUUCCACAAUGGUUCUAUUUAUAUCAUUGAUGGCAUAAUGGACUUGAAUGGAAACUCGCGUCUGCGGAACGGAGGUAAGAGAGCUCCUACUUACAAGGAACACUUCAAAAACAACUAUGGUAUUCAAUUGCAGUUUGAAAAUCAGACCCUACUUGAUGCAAGGAGUCUUUUUAAGGUGAAAAAUUACCUGCACAAGGGCAGGCAAAUGAAGCAGAAAGGGUCGACGAGCAUGAUGCCUGCCGAACUGCCUCCAGAAGUUUGCUCCGUAAUCAUGUCACCAAUAUCAAUUAGUACCAUAUAUUCGUUUACAUUUAUUCCAUCAAUCAUGCACCGGCUUGAGUCCUUGCUCAUGGCUUUCGGAUUGAAGAAGAUGCUUUUGGAUAAUUGCAUGCAAAAGGAUAUCCCAGUCUUCAAGCUAUUGAAAGCAAUCACUACAAAGGAAUGUCAAGAAGACUAUGAUUGUGAGUCAUUGGGGACACUUGGUAAUUCUUUUUUAAGGUAUGCAGCUACUCAACAACUUUUUAAGACCAAUCAAAACCUUCGAGAGGGCUCUCUUACUCAAAUGAGGGACAAGAUCAUUUGCAAUGCUGCUUUAUUUACCUUUGGUUCUAGCCAAAGGCUUCCGGGUUUUAUUCGAAAAGGACAUUUUAAUCCAAAACAGUGGAUUAUACCAGGAGAUAAUUCCAAAUUUCUCUCAUUGACAGAAGAGGUUAUUUCCAGCAGAACAAGAGUAUAUGUUUGUGGAAUGAAAAGAAAAAUGAAGCACAAGGUUGUUGCAGAUGUUGUUGCGGCACUAAUUGGUACCUUCGUUAGCACAGGACCGGGAGGUGAAGAAGCAGCUUUAUCAUUUAUGAAUUGGAUUGGCAUUAAGGUUGAUACCAACGUUAUACCAUAUGAGAUCCACCUUAACGUUUCUCCGGAGAAGCUUGUAAAUGUCACCCUUUUAGAAUCCCUAUUAAACUACAUAUUCCAAGAACCUUCCCUUUUAGUAGAAGCUCUGACUGAUGGUUCUUACAACUGCACAGAAAAUUAUCAGCGACUAGAAUUUCUUGGUGAUGCAGUGCUGGACUAUCUCAUCACGCAGUAUUUCUACAAGGAAUAUCACAAUGAGUCGUCUGAACUUCUGACUGUCAUGAGGACUAUAUCUGUCACUAAUGAAUGCUUUGCACUUUCAGCCAUUAGAGCUAAGCUGCAUGAACACAUAAUCCGUGACUCAAAAGAACUAGACAAGCGAAUUGCAGCAACAGUGAAUGAAGUUGAGAAGUUGUCUGUAAAAUCGACUUUCGGAUGGGAAUUGGACAUAUGUUUCCCUAAUGUGCUUGCAGAUAUUAUAGAAUCUCUAGCUGGAGCCAUUUAUGUUGAUUCAGGCUACAAUAAGGAGGCUGUGUUCCAAAGUAUAAGGCCUCUUUUGGAACCCCUAAUUACACCUGAAACGGCACAGCUUCAACCACUUGGGGAGUUGCAUGAACUAUGCCAAAAAGGAACCUAUCAAAGGAAAAAGUCCCGGGUGGCAUGCGGCAAUGGCGUAACAGUUUCAAUAGAAGUGAAAGCUAAGGAGAUCACCUGCAAGCACACUGCUAAAGCCAACAAUGAGAAGACAGCUGAAAAGGUAGCUUCCAAGGAAGUCAUAAAACUGUUGAAGGACAAGAAUAUUGGAGAGGAUGCCUCCGGUCAUGAAGAAUGCCAUGCUGAGGAGGAGCAACCUUGCAUUGACAAGGACCAAGUUGAGGGAGAAAGUGCUGUGAUUUGUGAGACACAUUUUGAAGAAGAGGGCCCUCUUAUCAAUGAGAUGCAUUCCCAACAGCUUGAGUCGGCUUCCAAUGGUGUUAGGAAAAGCUGUGAGAUAAAUUUUGAGGCUGAGCUUAUUGCCUUGACACAGCAAGGUAUUCUUAAAGUUGAGCAUGUUCCUCUUCUUGCAUCCUUCUUGACCGCUCAGCCCUCCAUGCGCUUAACAGAUCUUCCCUCAGUGCGCUGUAGCUUCGGCUACUAUGUCUUAUGGGAAUUCUUGCACUAUAUUGAGUCUACACCUUUGAGAGUUCUUUUGGAGGAUGGCUGUGCUCGUUUCUUGGGUUUCUUUGAUGCUCUCUCCAUGUUUCCUUUUGACAUAACAUGGCUCAACAAGUACAAGAUGCAGAUUGUUUCUCCUCCAGAGGAUGCUCCUUCUCGAGCCUUAGAAAAGGCCGUCAAGGAGAUAGAGAUCAUUGACCAACAGCUAGCCAUUCUUCAGGCCAAGAAGGCUGACUUGCAAGAACGUGCAUCAGAGUUAAGUUCUAUACUGGAUUCACCUUAUUCUGUAUUUCAGCAGUGACCACUGAUGAGCGUUAAAUACUUGUCAGAUCUACACUUGCAGCCAUUUUAUAUCUAUAUUUCAUGUGAUGUUCAUCACUUUGUGAAGUGAAUUUUUGUGGUCUGAAGAACAGCAAGAAAGCUCCAUAACAGAACGGGAAAGCAGUGUGAAUCUUUUAGCGUACGGCACUCGUAAAAUCAAGAGACUCAGUGGCUGUUGUACCUUAAAUAAGUAAAUAACAUUACGGUAGCAUAUUGGGAAAAAAAGCCACCAAAAGUAACCCCAAGACCCAAUAAGUUUUUCUUUUUUUGCAUCUGUGAUUCUGUUGCUAAUUAAUAGUCUAACAUUAGUGCUGGAGAAUAUUAAGAUUAAUACUACCUGGCAUAAAGUAGGUUUA